AUGAUUAGAUACUUAAGAAGUGACAUAUUCAAGAAAUAUGUGUUCGACUGGACGCUUGGGAUCGGUUUAAUUAUUUACUUCUUUGCUAUUGCAGAGCAUGCAAGGCCUUUUGCUAGACAAUUCAGUCUAUCAGAUCAAACAAUUCAGCAUCCGUUCGCUACACAAGAAAGAGUGACAGGUAUAGAUUGCAUAUUAAUAUCUUCUAUUGGGCCUAUUAUAGUAAUGUUGUUAGUUGUUGCGUUCAGCAGUAGGGGCCAGAAAUUUUCUCACGAUCAAAUUCACCUUCUCCAAAUUUCAGUUUUAGGUUUGUUUUUAAGUUUGAGUAUUAAUGGGGUGUUCACCGAUAUUUUGAAGAACUGGAUUGCAAGACCAAGACCUGACUUCUUAGCGAGAUGUGGUCCUAGAGAAGGAACGUCGAUGGUUGAGUUGGUUGGAAUAGAGGUUUGCACUGCUCCAUUAGGUCAGGUUGCUUUGGUGGAUGGUAUGAGAUCAACACCUUCAGGCCACUCUUCGAUUUCGUUCUCAGGAUUGCUCUAUUUGACGUUGUGGCUAUUUGGCCAAUUCCAGCUUUUCAGUAGAUCUCAGCCUCUUUACAAAUUAUUGGUUUGUCUGACUCCAGUGCUUGUUGCCUGUUACAUUGCUUUAAGUAGAACACAAGAUUAUAGACAUCACUUCACUGAUAUAAUCAUGGGAGGAACAAUAGGUAUUGGGUUUGCAUUAUCAGUUUAUCAUAGGUAUUUUCCAUAUGUAUGGAACAAAAACAGCAACCAUCCUAUCACCAACGAAGAAGAUAAUAUGCUUUUACCAACGUAUAAUACUAAUUAG